AUGAGCGAUAGCGGCAGACGGUUAAUAGCCGUCGAACUGUGCGAUUCGAAGUGCGUGACACUGAAGGAGACCAAACUCAUAAACGGACUAGUGAUCGGAUACAACGUCAUCCGCGGCUGUUUGACGACCAUGUUUCGUUGGAACCCAAUGAAUCGAUACUCGCUGGAAAUAAUCGCCGGCAAGUCAAAGGGUCGCUGCCAAGAGCUGAGCGCCAGUGACCUGAUGCCGUCCCUUUCCAAGGUCAAAGUGCAUUCGAACCCCGUUACGCUGUGCAGCUGUCUUGGUGACUUGUGCAACGGCGAAAAGUCAUUUAGCUGCAGUAUAAACUGUCUCCUGUUGUGCCUUAUCAUAGCGUUCACUUUCUUCUCGUGA